AUGCUUGUCUUCGCGCAUUGUCAGCAUCAUCCAUGGAGUUCGAUUUCACCAACCAUCCACCUCCUCGGAAGCUGCAAAACUUCAGAAGACGUAAAAAAAAUCCACUCUCGACUAAUCACUACCGGAUUCAUCAAAAACCCCAAUCUCACGACGAGGAUCGUUCUCGCCUUCGCCUCCUCUCGACGCCCAUUUCUCGCCCAAUUCGCGCGUUGUCUCUUCCACGAGUAUCACGUACGCUCUGUUUCCACCGUAGAGGAGGUGAAAGAUCCGUUUCUAUGGAACGCAGUUAUCAAAUCUCACUCUCAUGGAGUGGAUCCGAUAAAAGCUCUGUUUUUGCUCUGUUUGAUGCUCGAGAACGGUGUCCCCGUGGAUAAAUUCUCGUUGUCUCUUGUUUUAAAAGCGUGUUCGAGGUUAGGGUUUGUGAAGGAAGGGACGCAGAUUCAUGGGUUUGUGAUAAAGAGUGGAGCUUGGGCGGAUUUGUUUCUGCAGAAUUGUUUGAUUGGUUUGUAUAUAAAGUGUGGUUGUUUAGGGUUUGCGCGCCAGGUGUUCGAUAGAAUGCCGCAGAGAGACUCUGUUUCUUAUAACUCGAUGAUUGAUGGGUAUGUUAAAUGUGGAUUGGUGGAAUCCGCGGGUGAGUUGUUUGAUUUGAUGCCGAGGGAGAAGAAGAAUUUGAUUACUUGGAACUCGAUGAUAGGUGGGUUUGCUCAGAGAGAAGAUGGAGUUAAUGUUGCGUUGAAGCUGUUUGAUGAGAUGCCUGUGAAGGACUUGAUUUCUUGGAAUUCGAUGAUUGAUGGAUAUGUAAAGCAUGGGAGGAUGGAGGAUGCUAAAGGUUUAUUCGAUGUGAUGCCAAGAAGGGAUGUGGUUACUUGGGCUAUUAUGAUCGAUGGGUAUGGGAAGUUGGGUUUGGUUCAUGAGGCUAAGUCUCUGUUUGACCAAAUGCCACAUAGAGAUGUUGUGGUGUAUAACUCUAUGAUGAGUGGUUAUGUUCAAAACAGGUAUCACAUGGAAGCUCUCGAAGUGUUUAACCACAUGGAAAAGGAGAGUCACUUGUCACCAGAUGAAACGACUUUGGUGAUAGUUCUUUCAGCGAUUGCUCAACUUGGAAGGUUAUCCAAAGCCAUUGAUAUGCAUCUGUACAUUGUGGAGAAACAGUUUCCUUUAAGUGGAAAACUCGGAGUUGCUCUCAUUGAUAUGUACUCGAAAUGCGGAAGCAUACAACACGCCAUGAGGGUUUUCGAGGGGAUUGGAAGUAAAAGUAUUGAUCACUGGAAUGCCAUGAUUGGUGGCCUAGCUGUUCAUGGUCUUGGAGAAUCUGCAUUCGACAUGCUUUUGCAGAUCGAAAGACGCUCCAUAAAACCUGACCAUAUCACUUUUGUUGGAGUCCUAAAUGCCUGCAGCCACUCUGGUUUGGUGAAGGAAGGCCUUCUCUGCUUUGAGCUCAUGAGGAGAAAACACAAGAUAGAACCAAGAUUGCAACACUAUGGAUGUAUGGUGGACAUACUAGCAAGAUCAGGAAGUAUAGAGCUAGCCAAAAACUUAAUAGAGGAAAUGCCAAUUGAGCCAAAUGAUGUCAUCUGGAGAACGUUUCUCACUGCUUGUAAUCACCAUAAGGAGUUUGAAACGGGAGAGCUUGUCGCGAAACACCUCAUUUUGCAAGCUGGCUACAACCCGAGCUCAUAUGUGCUUCUCUCCAACAUGUAUGCUAGUAAUGGAAUGUGGAAGGAUGUUCGUAGAGUUAGAACAAUGAUGAAGGAAAAAAAGAUAGAAAAACUUCCUGGAUGUAGUUGGAUUGAGCUUGAUGGAAGAGUCCAUGAGUUUCUUUGUAGAUAA